AUGGCCGGCAUGUUCGAGAACGAAAAGGUCGAGAACCCGGACUCGUCUGAGCCCUCGAUCGAACGCAGAGUCGACAACUCCGAAGUACCAACCGGCAAGAAGGAGACAGGCAACGGGUACGGCGGCGAUGGCGACAAAAUCAUCUUGACAGAAGAUGACUGCUACGAAGAGCUCGGCUUCUGCUUUCCAACCUGGAAGAAGUGGAUGAUUCUUACUGUCAUCUUCAUCGUCCAGGUCUCAAUGAACUUCAACACCAGUCUUUACAGCAACGCCAUUACUGGUAUGACCGAAGAGUUCAACAUCAGUGCUCAGGCUGCUCGUUGUGGUGCUAUGGUCUUCCUGGUUCUCUACGCCUUUGGUUGUGAGCUUUGGGCCCCCUGGUCCGAGGAGCUUGGAAGAUGGCCUAUUCUCCAGCUCAGUUUGUUCCUCGUCAACAUCUGGCAAAUCCCUGUCGGUGUCGCACAGAACUUCGGAACUGUCAUGGCUGGCCGUGCCCUUGGCGGUUUGUCUUCUGCUGGUGGUUCGGUCACACUUGGCAUGAUUGCUGAUAUGUGGGAGGCCGACGAACAGCAAUAUGCUGUUGCUUACAUCGUCUUCUCCUCGGUCGGCGGUUCGGUCCUUGGUCCCGUAGUCGGUGGAUUUAUUGAGCAAUAUGCUGAUUGGCGAUGGAACAUCUGGGUCCAAUUGAUCUUCGGUGGCUUCGUUCAGGCUCUUCACUUCUUCUUGGUCCCUGAAACCAGAACCAGUAUCAUGUUGAACAAAAUCGCUAAGAAGCGUCGCGCGGCUGGCGAGACCAACGUUUACGGUCCUACCGAAUUGAUUCCCUGGAAGGACCGCUUCUCUGCAAAGGAGAUUAUUAUUACCUGGAUCCGACCUUUCAAGAUGUUCUUGACUGAGCCCAUCGUCCUUACCCUCUCGCUGCUUUCUGGUUUCAGUGAUGCCCUGAUCUUCAUGUUCUUGCAGUCAUACUCUCUCGUCUAUGGACAGUGGGGCUUCUCUGCCUAUGAAACUGGUCUUGCCUUCCUGCCUCUUCUUAUUGGAUACUUCAUCGCCUGGUUCUCCUUCUUCCCUGCCAUCGCUAAGAACAAGAAGGAACGACGCGAUAAACCCAAUGAUGAGCACGCUCAGUAUGAAUCGCGUCUUUGGUGGUUGCUCUUCACCGUACCCUGCCUACCCAUUGGUUUGUUCGGUUUCGCAUGGACCAGUGGCGGACCCCCAAUUCACUGGAUCGGCUCCAUGAUCUUCAGUGCUGUUAUUGGUAUUGCCAACUACUCCAUCUACAUGGCCACCAUCGACUACAUGAUCUGCGCCUACGGUCCUUACUCAGCCUCUGCCACUGGUGGUAACGGAUGGUCUCGUGACUUCCUUGCUGGUGUCCUGACUGUUCCUGCCACUCCCUUCUACACCAACAUUGGUGGCAAGGAUCACUUGCAGUAUGCUUCGACCAUCCUGGCUUGUAUCGCCUGUCUGCUCGUCGUUUCGGUCUACGUCAUCUACUGGAAGGGACCUGUUCUCCGCAAGCGUUCGCCCUUCGCCCAGCAGCUGUCUUCUGCUCGCGAGGAGCACGGUGGAAGAAGAGCUUCGGCCAUCUACGGCCCCAGCAGAAACAACUCGAUGGCUGGAGCUUCAGUCAAGUCAAGUUCGUCUAACAGACAGUCUGUCUAG